GGAUAUUUAUGAGAGCAGAGUAUAGAAACAAUGGUGGCAUUUGCAUCAUCAAAAAUAGGCAAUUAUGCAAUAUCUUCUUCUUUACAGAGGCCUUCUGCAACUAAAUUUUCUUCUUUCAAGCAACCAAUAUUGUUGAAAGAUUUGCAACAACUAGCCGUUAGACUCGACAUUUCGAAAGCAAUCAAGAAUGCUUCAGUGAAACUUGUGGAUGCAUUUGUUGAUUUCAUGUUCGAGUUUGUUGAUCAGCCAUUGCUUCCAUCUCAGAGUAAUUUUGGUCCAAUAGAUGAACUGAAAGAAGCUGUAAAUGUGAGCAAUAUAGAAGGACAAAUUCCUGAUGAUUUUCCAGAGGGUGUUUACAUUAGAAACGGACCAAAUCCGCUAUUUGGAGGUCUGAAAUCAACAGCUUCUAUAUUUGGGAAAACCGGUCAUAUCUGGAUAGAAGGAGAAGGAAUGCUGCAUGCCAUUUAUUUUAAUAUUAAAGAAAGCAAAUGGAGCAUCGUCUAUGAUAACAGACACGUCGAGUCAGAAACGUAUUUGCUAGAAAAGAAAAGAAACAAGCCUUCUUUUCUUCCGGCUAUCGACGGCGACUCGCCGGCCAUUUUAUUGGCAUGCUUGCUCAAUCAGUUGAGAUUUGGGAAAGUGAACAAGUAUCUGAGCAACACCAAUGUGUUUGAGCAUUCUGGAAAGUUCUACUCUAUUUCUGAAAACCACAUUCCACAAGAGAUUGACAUUUUUACCCUUCAAACUUUAGGCAAUUGGGAUGUCAAUGGAGCUUGGAGUAGGCCCUUUUCAAGCCACCCAAAGAAAGCUCCAGGAAGUGGGGAGCUAGUUACAGUCGGAGUCGAUGCAAUAAAACCUUUCGUAGAAUUAGGAGUAAUUUCUGCUGAUGGAAAAAGAUUAGUACAUAAAACAGACCUGAAAUUCAAGAGAUGCACUCUUUGUCAUGAUUUUGGGGUUACAGAAAACUACAAUGUGCUGCUAGAUUUUCCUCUAACAAUUGACAUUCAAAGACUCAUUAGAGGCGGCCCAUUGGUGAAGUUUGAUAAGGAGGAAUACGCAAGAAUUGGGGUUAUGCCUCGAUAUGGUAAUGCAGACUCUAUAUGCUGGUUUGAUGUGGAUCCUUGUUGCACAUUUCACAUUCUCAAUUGUUUUGAACAAGGUGAUGAGGUAAUAGUAAGGGGGUUCAGGUCACUUGAAUCAAUAUUAUCAUCAUCAAAAUCUGAUAUUGACAUGGAAAAAUGUGAGUGGGUUGCAGGAAGAUUGAGAAAUAUGAAGGAAGCAGUUGAUAAAAUCCUGGGCGAAUAUGAGUCGUUGACGUGUCGCUGCUACGAGUGGAGAUUAAAUAUGAAAACUGGAAAUGUGGAGGAGAGGAAUCUUACAGGAACUCAAUUUUCUAUGGAGUUUCCCAUGAUUAAUGCACAUUAUCUUGGUCUUCCAAAUUAUUAUGGCUACACCCAAGUUGUCCAUGUCGCUGCAAGCUCUGCCUCAGGGAUGCCCAAAUUUGGAGCACUGGCCAAGCUACAUUUUGAAGGGCCAAACACAGAGGUGGAAUACCAUAAAUUUGAGGAGAAGACAUUUUGUACAGGAGCAACCUUCAUUUGUAAGGAAGGAAACGUAGAAGAAGACGAUGGUUGGAUUAUCACCUUUGUUCAUCAUGAAGAUACUCAUACAUCUCAAGUUUAUAUAAUUGAUGCGAAGAAUUUCAGUGACAAGCCGGUGGCCAAAAUUACACUCCCCUGCAGAGUACCGUAUGGUUUUCAUGGAGCUUUCAUGCCUAUGCCCAUCUCUUUGACUUCAUUUUAGCUUAGUUAACUAGCCUCGCAUCACAUAUCAAUAUUCACAAAUUUACAUCAUUUAUUAUAAAAUGGAUAGUAUAAAUUAAUAUAAUUAAAAUCGAACUUUUUUUAUCUAAUCAUUUCAUUAUAUAAUUCAUUUUAUAAUAAAUAGUGUAAAUUCAUUAAA